AUGUCUAUAACCCAAGCUUUUAAACAAAACAAAAGAAGAAAGUAUGAUAACUAGAAGGCUAAUGCGGACUCAGUCGAUGUAAAACUACCCACUGUUAAUUUUAACUGUAGUAACUCGCUAGGACAGAAAGCACAGUCUUAAGUGAUUCAAAUCAAAGUUCGAGCACACCAACACCGGGAAAAUGAGGCAUUACUCAAAGCCAUUUAAAAUGAAGUUGAAAGUAUUAAAACAAGGCCUAAACGUCUAAUUUCACCCACAAGGAACCUUGGAUAUGAAUCGUUGAUGUCCACCGAGGAGGAAAGAAUGAUAAAAUUGGCGAUUAAGAAUUCUUUGACAGAGACUUAAAACUCGAAUGCCGCUUUAGAUUAAAUCGAGGAAAUGAUAAAAUAUUAUCCUACCGAGGCAGAGUUCUUAGAGCCGAUGAAAUAUAUUGAAAAGAUCACCAAAGAAGGUGCUGAAUACCUCCUCUAGCAUUGGAUUUAUUUUCAAAUGAAAAGCUUCCUACUAGGUAUUAAAUACUCCAAGAACUGUCUCAAGGAAAAGUAAAUAAAAUCUUAUCAUAACCCAUUACAGCCUUUCAAUCAGAAUAACGACGGACAAACCUUCCAGGAGUUUGUUAAAUUGUCUCAGGAACUAGUAAAAGAUGAUCCCAACCCAAGUUAUUAGUAGUUAGAAAGAGAUUAUUGGAACUUUGUUGAGAAUCAAGUAGGCCCCCAGAUCAAGGUCGAGUAUGCCGCAGAUCUCCCAAUCUAAUAGUUUGGCUCUGCUUUCGGCCACCACGGCUAAAAUUUCUACGACAAAAGGGUAGAGUAGUACCUAGAUCAUCCUUGGAAUCUAAAUAAACUGCCAUCUUAACCAAAUUCAUUGAUGCAAUUUCCAAAUAAUCGUGAUAUAUCAGGAAUUAAUAUACCCUGGCUCUAUAUAGGAAUGAGAUACUCUACUUUUUGCUGGCAUUAUGAGGACUUAAUGCUCUACUCUGUAAAUUAUAAUCACUGGGGAAAGCCUAAGCUUUGGUAUGGAGUGCCAGGAGCUGACAGAGAGAAGUUUGAAAAGGCGGUCAAAUCUAAAGUUGCUUUACUUUUUAAGAAAGAUCCAAACAUUUUACUGGAUAUUAUCACGAUGAUAUCCCCUGCAUAUUUGAUACGAAACAAUGUUAAGGUUUACAAAACUUUAUAAAUGCCAGGUGAAUUCAUUUUAACAUUCCCAGGUGCCUAUCAUGCGGGUUUCUCUACGGGUCUUAACAUCGGUGAGGCUGUUAAUUUUGUAACAAAAGACUGGAUUAGUAGUGGCUUAAAAUGUUAAUCUAUUUACAGAAAGUCAAGAGAAAAAAUUCCUGUUUUCCCUAUCGACUGGUUAAUUCUUGAAAAUGUUGCUAACCUGGAUAAGAUUGAUGUUGACUAGGAUACUAAAGUAAAGCUGAAGGAAACAUUUCAAGACAUAGUUAAGAACGAACUCAGAAUGAGAAAAGAGGUUGAGGAUUUGAUUUUGGCUGAACGACCUGAGACAAAAAAUAAAAAAACUCACAUUAUGCUUGAAAACAGGGACUAAGUAGCAGAAGACGAAUAGUAGUGUUUCUAUUGCACGGAUUUCGCCUAUAUGUCCAUGAUCAAGUGCUCUCAUCAUUAGAUUACCUAUUGCCUUAAUCACUAACUUGCAUGUGAUUGCUCAGCUGAUAAAUUAACAGUGAUCUACAGAUAUUCUAAUGAGGAACUAUAGUCAUUGGAAAAGUCAAUCAUUAAUUACUGUAAUAACAAAGACUAUAAGGAGUAGUAAGCUCUAUUGAGGAAGCAGGUGCCUGUGAAGUAAUCUAAUAUUCAAAAACAACAUGAAUAGCCUAAAAUAGUGCCAGUCUAGAAGUAAUCAGUAACCCCUAUAAUGUCAUAAAAGGAGCCUGAAAGAAUCCCUUAAUUUGAAGAGUUUUAAGCAAAAGAGAUACCUAUGAUGAAAAACCUUAGGAUUAAGUAGAAGGUAUUUAUAUGA